AUGCGACACAAAAAGUUAAAUCAAAGAGAAGGUAGAAAAUACCGAUCGUACAGUACCAAUACCCUCACAGAAGCUUACUUUGCAGUAAAAGAUGGCAAAAUUACAGUUAAAGGGGCAUCUAGACAAUUUGGUAUUCCUGAGCAAACACUCAGAGAUCGUGCGCUUGGAAAAAUUGACAUUGACUGUGUUAGUUCAGGUUGUUUGCCAGUACUUACCUUGGAUGAAGAGGCCAAGAUUGUGGAACAUUUGAAGAGGAUGGCAUCGUAUGGGUACGGUUACACCAGGCAGGAGGUGAUUGAUAUAGCCACAGACUAUGCUGUCAAACUGGGAAAAAGAAUUUCUGAGAAACCUUUUACAUUAGGCUGGCUCUAUCUCUUCAUCCGUAGAUGGCCUGAACUGCGACUUAUCAAACCACGUGCCCUUGAACAGUUUAGAGCAAAGUGUACCUCGUCUACAGUUGUCUGUUCAUACUUUGAUGAGCUUGAAAAUAUCAUCACUAAGUACAGUCUUUACGAUAAGCCACACCUGAUCUUCAAUGUCGACGAAAAAGGUAUCACCCAGAACCACAGUCCCCCACGUGUUGUUGCUGGAAGGGACCAACAUCCCCAGGCUGUUACCUCAGGAAAGUCACUGACAACAACCAUUAUUGGAUGUGGAAGUGCUAGUGGUAUAGCAAUACCACCAUUCUUCGUUUUUGCCGGAAAGAGGAAGAUGCCAGAACUGAUGCAUGGAGCGUCUCCAGGUGCAGAUUGCGAAAUGUCAGAUACAGGAUGGUCAAAUUCUGACAUCUUCCGACAUUACCUGCAAGAUCAUUUUAUAAAGUUUAUACCCCAAAGACAGCCAGAUCAGCACUUACUUCUUCUACUCGAUGGUCACAAAUCACACGUGUCUUUAGAUUUGGUGGAGUGGGCAAAAGAAAAGAAAAUAAUCCUGUUUAUUUUGCCUGCACAUACAUCCCAUAUUUUACAACCCUUGGAUGUUGCAUGCUACGGUCCUUUACAAAAAUUCUACAGUUAUGAGUGUCACAAAAUAAUGAGGCAAACAUCGACAGCUAUAACUCGAUACAAUAUCUGCGAGUUGUCCUGUAAGGUUUACUCCCGAGCCUUGUCAGCCGAGAACCUUCAUGCUGCAUUCCGUAAGACUGGAAUCUUUCCUUUAUGCAGAAACGUGAUCAGCAAUGAAAGUGUAAUGCCAGCUGAAAUUUAUCACAAUGGUCAAGACAAUGCCGAAGCCAACGAUAUUCAGAGAUACCAGAUGGCCUGGACAAUCAAACUGUUCCUACUGAAAAUGUUUGCACCACAACAAACAAGGAAACAGAAGUUUGUCUUUCUGAGUCACCAAGUGCAUUUUUAUGCCAAAAAAUUGCUAAUCUAA